CGUGUCAACGCAACUGUGUGUACAAGCUUUGCACAAGCGCUCUUCGCAACGCUACACGAUCGCUUGCAGCUGUGGAACGCACCGCUCUGUGGGCCUUUACGCGACAGCGUAACUGCGCUCGGAUUGUUUUGUGUAAUUUGGAGGAAUCUAUUUCUCCCCUAAAAAGCGUGUGGAGUCCGAGGAACGGACGUGAGCACCGACAUCGUGGGUGGGGAGACCGCCGGAGCGCUCGAGUUUCCCUGGCAGAUCUCUCUGCACCUCAUCGAUCUGCCGAACACGGACCGCGGCCACAUCUGCGGAGGUUCCAUCAUCAACAGUCAAUACGUCGACACCGCGGCCCACUGCAUCGUAGAAUCACCAUUCAUCCGCAAUGGAACCCUUCCACCUUGAGCUACGACUACGCCCUGCUGAAGCUGGAGAGGCCGCUCGACUUUGCGGGAACCGAGAAGGCCCUGAUGCCCAUCUGCCUCCCGACGCUGAACCAGGGGUUCGACUGGAAGACUUGCACCAUCAGCGGAUGGGGGCUCUUAGAAGAUCAGUCCCAAGGUGGAACUGUGUCUCAAUCUCUGCAGAAAGUGGAUUUACCCGUCAUACCAAACUGGCUCUGCUCGCUGGAGUAUUUGGGCGUUAACACGGUCGUACAGGACACCAUGAUUUGCGCCGGUCCUUUGGCGGGAGGAAAAGGACCCUGCCAGGGCGACUCCGGGGGGCCACUGCAGUGUCCCAGGUCCGAUGGCCGCUACGUGCUGGCCGGAAGUACGUCAUGGGGCACGACGUGCGCGGCAGCCUUUCAGCCCGGCGUGUUCGGGAGAAUCUCUACCCAGGUCGACUGGAUCAAGAGCAUCGUUGGUCCGACGCCGUGAACGCACGGAUUCCGACCGGGCCUUCUGUUGCGUUCUUUGCAAUAAAGGGGAUGCCUGAAACUA